UGAUCGACUUUGGGCAAAUCGCUUAGCUUUCUAGACCUCGGAUUUCUUGUCUCUUUAACGCGGAGAGGGAACCGCAGCUGGAUGACGCCCAGGGCAGCGGCGGACACCCGGGCGGCUCGGCCGGAGCAGAGCGCGCGACACGCGCCCGGGAACUUUGCCCGGAGCGCGGGGCCGGGACCCCCAGCGCCGGGGCUGAGGGCCCCCUCCAAGGGAGCGCACCCGUGGCGCCCCUCCUCUCUCCUCCACGUCACGGGGGCCGCUCGGCGCUCUCCCACCCCCGGCUGAGGGGGAGCGACUGCCUUCGCGGAGGCGGCGAAGGAGCAGGAGGCGGGAGCAAGUCGCCGCCACCGCGCCGCAGAGCGGCCGGGAGCCCGGAGCCCGGAGCCCGGAGCGCAGCGCGCGGCCCAGCGGGGCGGCCUCUGCGUUCGCGAACGCCCCGCUCCCUCUCAAUGAAGAUAUUCAGAUGUUGUUUUAAAUACACCCUACAGCAGAAAGUUUUCAUCCUGUUUUUAACCCUGUGGCUGCUCUCCCUGGUGAAGCUUCUAAACAUAGGAAGACUCCUCUUCCCUCAAAAAGACAUUUACUUGGUUGAGUACUCCCUAAGUACCUCCCCCUUUGUAAGGAACAGAUACACUCAUGUUAAGGAUGAAGUCACAUAUGAAGUUAACUGUUUGAGAGUCUAUGAACAGGAGCCUUUGGAAAUUGGCAAGACUCUGGAAAUAAGAAGAAGAGACAUCAUCGACUUGGAUGAUGAUGAUGUUGUGGCAAUGACCAGUGAUUGUGACAUUUAUCAGACCCUAAGAAGGUAUCCUCAAAAGCUUGUUUCACAGGAAGAGAAAAGCUUCCCAAUAGCCUAUUCUUUGGUUGUUCACAAAGAUGCAAUUAUGGUUGAAAGGCUAAUUCAUGCUAUAUAUAACCAGCACAAUAUUUACUGCAUCCAUUAUGACCAUAAGUCACCCGACACCUUCAAAGUUGCCAUGAACAAUUUAGCUAAGUGCUUCUCCAAUAUUUUCAUUGCUUCCAAAGUAGAGACUGUGCAAUAUGCCCACAUUUCCAGACUCCAAGCUGAUUUAAAUUGCUUGUCAGACCUUCUCAAGUCUUCAGUCCAAUGGAAGUAUGUUAUCAACCUGUGUGGGCAAGACUUUCCUUUGAAGUCAAACUUUGAAUUAGUGUUAGAGCUGAAGAAACUCAAUGGAGCAAAUAUGUUAGAGACAGUGAAACCCCCUAACAGUAAAAUGGAAAGAUUCACUUAUCGCCAUGAACUCAGACAGGUGCCUUAUGAAUAUAUGAAGCUACCAAUAAAGACAAACAUCUCCAAAGAAGCCCCACCUCAUAACAUUGAGAUAUUUGUUGGCAGUGCUUAUUUUGUUUUAAGUCGAGCAUUUGUUAAAUAUGUUUUCAACAACUCCCUUGUUAAAGACUUUUUUGCCUGGUCUGAAGAUACAUACUCGCCUGAUGAGCAUUUCUGGGCUACCUUAAUUCGGGUACCAGGAAUACCUGGGGAGAUUUCUAGAUCAGCCCAGGAUGUGUCUGACCUGCAGAGUAAGACCCGCCUUGUCAAGUGGAGUUAUUAUGAAGGCCUUUUCUAUCCCAGUUGUACUGGCUCUCACCUCCGAAGUGUGUGUAUCUAUGGAGCAGCAGAAUUAAGGUGGCUUCUACAAGAUGGACAUUGGUUUGCUAAUAAAUUUGAUUCUAAGGUGGAUCCUGUCUUGAUUAAAUGCUUGGCAGAAAAGCUUGAAGAACAACAGAGAGAGUGGAUCACAUUAUCUUCAGGAAAGUUAUUUAUGGAUGAAAAUCUCACAGUCACAUCAUGAUAAAAUCAUGAUGGGAAUAAGGUGACAAACGGAGUUAAUGUGGAGUCGUGUGCUAUACCAUGUCCAGCGCCAUCUGAGCUUCACCUUCUCAUGUUUGAAAGGUGUCUAAAAUUCCACAUGUAGGAAAAAGUGACCCAGCCUUUGGUGACAGCCUGCAUUUGGUUGGGUACUUCUGUUUGUUUUUGCCUGUAAUCUCACUGAGCUAAAUCAGAGAACUUAAACAGUCAUCGGUUAUUUAUUGAGCUCCUAUUGUAUGCCAGGCACUUCUUUAGAGAUGUGUAGCAAUUAAAUCCAAGUUUUAAUGAGCUAUACAAUGCCUCAAGGGACCAUACUCAUACGGCAACCUCAAUAUCUUCUGCACAUAACAAUCAGGAUCCUACUGAAGAAGGUUUGGAGUGUGUGGUAAUCACCCAUAUAAACCACCCAUUUCAGAAUAGCAUUGAAGUACAGUGACCAACACUCCACUUGUCUUUUAAUUCAACUCCCUUGAUUUUCUCUAACCAUUAGAAUAUUAGAAGGAGAGACUCCACUACCUCAGAAGAGUUCAAAGUUCGAUUUCCUCCCUGCCAAAGCAUAAUUUACCUUCUGGUGCCUCAUUCAUUCAGUUCAGGGUCGGCAGACUCUGUGAGUGGGGCAUUCAUAAUGUCUGAAUGUUAGGGAAGCAGUGGGAAUGUCUAGAGGGAUUGGGAUAGGUGGUGCCUGAAGAGGAACAAAAGGAUUUGUAUAAUUUUUGCAUCAUGUUACACAAUGUGUCAUGAUGGCCUCCUUUUUAAUUCACCUGUUUCUUUAAAACACAUUUACUGAUUAAAAAUGAGAACUGGUUAUACUCCAGAACAUGGAAGUUAAGUCUUCCAGUUCAUAGAUUAUCAUUAUAUGUAAGUUUCUUUACAAUGGAAUUAGUAUAAUUUUGUUUUAUGGAACUACCAAGCUAAGAGUCACUGAAUUUUCUUGAAAAGGUUAUGUGAAAUAUGACAGCUUUAUAAAUUAAUUAUUAUGGUCAUUUAAAAAAAAUUUCUUCUCCAGCAACUGUCCAAGUGGAACCCAAACUUAAAAUUAUGAAACUCUACAUUCAUUGCAGUCUUCUUCUCAGCUUAGAUCCAGAGAGAAGAAGCUAAUUUUCCUAAGGACAUAGCAAGAAUAUUGAUGAAAGAUGUUUUGUAAAACCUACACCUUAUAAAACUACCAAAUGAGUCAAAUAUACACAGAUUUUAAUGUAACUAUGUUGGGUUGGAGAUGAAAUGGGGCAGGAGCAGGGUUCUGAGAACAGACUAUAACAUUAUUAUGUUUCUUAGGAAAUCGUGGAACUCAUGUAAAAAUUUCUUGGUGAUCUUAUGUUUCAAUGUCAGCCUCAGGAACUAUGUAAAGGUGCAGUAAUCAAGGCCAGUGUGAGACUAUUUGGAAGACUGAAGUAUUUAAGUAUUUUUUUAAAUGUCUGUGUUCUAAACGUCUAGGAAACGAACUCAGCUUGUUUUAACGUUUGUGAUGCUAACUGCCAAGCAGCACCACCUCGCUCUUCUCCUGAGCUCCGUUUUCUUCCUUUCUUUUCCCUGCCCGCUUCAAAUGACUUCAUUUUUCAGAAAACAGCUAUUAUCAAGUCCCUGUUCUUAAAAAAGAAGUGACUAUUCGAGCUGAGUUCUACAGAACAUCCUCACCAGUUCAUUAGUGUGUAUGACCGUGACAAGCUGUCACUUUGGUCUAUGAGCCUAUUACUGGUCUUUGAAACGAGUACUUGGUUGUCUAUCCUGGCUUCCUCGCAAGUUUAUUGUGAGACUCAAUUGAAAUAGUAUAUGAAAAAGGCAACAAACUGUUGAAAUGUUAGAGAGCAACGUUACUGUAGAUCCAACUCCGUUGUGAGACUUAACCAUUUAUCUUUUCUGAAAAACCUUCAAAAGAUUUUAAAAAGCUACAAAUGCAGGGGCAACUUCUGUAACCGAAUCCAGGUCUGAAGAAACUCCCGUCACCACGUCUCGGGGUUAUUUCUAAACUAUCAAGAUUAAGAAUUUAGUCCCGUGACUUAGAGCGGGAAUAGGGGUUGAAGUACUUUUCCUGUCAUCCAGGCUUAAACAUGCAAGGUGAAGUCUUGGUGUUUAGCCUUUGGUUGUCAGAGUAAAUGCAAAGGCUGAAAAAUAAAUGUCAGCCUCUUGUUCCUGUGUCUUGCUUCCUGGUGAGAAAUGAUUCUACCUCUUGUUUCCUGAGAAAUUUCUCAGUUGUUAAUCAGUUUAACGCCAUGUCCAAAUGAAACAUGGAACCAUGAAGAGGCGGCAGUGCUUUCUUUUCUCCAUUAACAAACACAUGUCUCAGGAUUCAAUUCCUAACUUUCCAGGGAGCUGGUCAGAACACGCUUUUGCCUUGAGAAUCCUGCAGAUUCCCUGCAUGCCUUUCAAACUGAUCCUCCCCUAAAACUUUUGGUAUGAUUACCUCUGGUCUGGAGAAUGUUCUGCAGUCUGUGUUUCAUAAUUAUUUUCUGCAUAGUAUGUAUCGAAUCUAGACUCUUAAGUUAUUUGGCGAUGAGCCCAGGACCUUGGUAUUUGCGAAUUGUAUUAGAUAAUAUUAAUAAUGAAAGAGCUACCAAUUCUAUAUAUAAUGUGUGUGUGUAUAUGUGUAUAUAUAUACAUAAAUAUACACACACAUAUUAUCUGAACAAACUGCUGUAAUAUUAUAAUACAGUGUUGCUGCUGUUCUUAAUAUUUUGGUUUUUUUUAAGUGAAAUAUAUAUAAAUAUUUAAAUUUGUAGAGUUAAAUCUGAAAAUUUCUCUUGCUUUCCAGAGUGUGAAUGUUUUAUAUAUAGGCUAUGAAAUGACAGUCUUCUCUGGGGAUGUAAAGUGAAUGUUACCCUAUGAUCGUUAUAACUGUUUUCCUUAUUGAUGAUGAUGGAAUGAGAGUUUUGAUUUUUUAAAAUUUUCUUAUCAACUGGUCUCUAAGUCUCCUGCUGUGUAUGUGUGUGUGUUUUAUCAUUUUCAAAAGACAAUUUCCCAUUAUAUAAGUUUUAGAUAGAUUGAUAUUGCAUUUUUAUGUUUGCUGCUACUAGAUGUUAAUUCUCCACUACUGUAAAAUAAAAUAUGCUCCAAAAACCAAA